GUAAUAAACUACCCCGUUUAAACGGUGUAGUUUCCAUCCAACCCAUUUAAAAUUAAAUGGUUCAUAUAACUUAUAUGAUUGAAUGGACUUCGAUGGAUGAGUAUAUGGGGACAUUGUGAUCCUUAAUGUAACCGUCAUGUCUGUUAGUCUUCUCUUCCCGUGGUUGACCGAAUAAAGUAAAAAUAUUUGUCUAACUGGCUGACUGGAUUCACGUAAGAGGCAGAGACUUCCUAACAGAUUUUACCACAGUAAACAGUAAGGUCGCAGAAAAACGUCAAAAUAUAGGAAAAACAGAAAAACUUCGAAAACAGGAUAAAACAGGAUGGUCUUAUUCAAAAACAGGACCAAUACGAAGCCUGAAUUAUCAAAUACUUUAAAUAUUAUAAAACUCUUGAGAAUUGAUCGUUUUUGUAACAGAAGUUUCUAUAUAACCGAACUGCAUCAUUAGAUGAUAAAAUAGGACAAGAAAAGUGACUUCCUACCAGAAUAACCAAAGUCAUGAUAUGGAAUGUGAAAUAAUAAAUAUUCCUUUGUAGGAAUUGGCUUCAAAUCAGUAUUUAUGGUAUCUCAUCGUCCAGAAAUUCAUUCCGGACCUUAUCAUUUUUGUUUUGAUACGGUCAAUGGUACUGAACAAAUUGGCUAUAUUCGACCGAUUUGGUUAGAAGAAUACGAUGAAAUAUUGUCGUCAACUAAUGAAUGGACAACAUGCAUUCGUCUUGACGAUAUUCAUGCUAGAUUAUUACUUUUUCUCAAUCGUCUUCGCCAAAUUGAAAUUGUUCGUCAACAAGGAGUUAAUGAAACAAAUAAUCGAAUAUUUACUCGAAUCGAUCAGUAUUCUUAUAUUGCGAAUUAUAAGAACCUU